CGUUAGAAACCCGAAAUAAAAUGGCAAAAAUUAUUUUAAAUAAUUUAUCUACUUACCCAUCAGAUCAAAGCGAUUUUGGUCCAAAAAAAUAUUUUUUAAAAAUAGAUAAUGUGGAGACGUUUCUGAAACAAGAGUUUUUUACAGAUAUGCUUGAACAAAGUUCGGGAUAUUUUUUUAUAAGAUUUAAUAUCGAUACAGAAUUUUUGAAAUUAGACUCCUCGAAUUGGGAAGGUGAUAAGUAUUACCAAGAAGCGAAAAAAAUAGUUAAAUCAAUCCGUGUUGUAAAUGACACUGCUGAAAGGGGUGUGAAAUUGAUGGAGGAGUUCAAUGAUAAACUAACGAAAAAUGAAGCACAAAAACAAUUUAUACUUCAAGUCGUUCAGAAAUAUCGAAAAGUUUUUCCAGAUCACAAAAAAAAAUCGAUGACAGCAACAUUCUAAUUUAAAUGUCAAUUAUGUAAAGAAAUACUAGUACUUUCAUUGACACCUUAGUAUGCUUAUUUAUAAAAUGCAUUUUUUUAAACUUAUAUUAUAGAGUAUAUUUUAUAAUCUUUUUAUGAUUUAUUUUGUAUAUAUUAUAAUCAGUUGUCCCUGUAAACGUAAAUACUUUUAUAAUUGUUUGAUGUACCGAACUAUUCAAAUAUUUUUUUGUUUUCGUCCUGGCGAGGAAAAAAAUCAACCUACGAGAAUUUGUAAAGAUACAAUUUAUAUAGAAAAUAUUAAGGUCUAUAAUUUUUAUUCUAUACAAUUUUUCGUUUUGAGCUUUUGUUGUUGAGAUAUUAGCCAAAAACUAAAAAACCACCCUAUUCAGUGGAUUUUCAACCCUCAUUCGGCACCCGAAGGGGGAAAGUAAAUCUUACGAAACUCAACAAAAAUCAUUAUUAUCUAAAAAUAAA